AUAAUUUUCUUAUUCAUCCAGUUGCUGAUAGUAACAUAAUUUAAAUAAUAGCAUUUUAGCGGUAUUUGCAAUUAAGCGGUGUAGCAUAACAGCUGUUUGAUCUGCAUCACGGGACUGUUUCUCUCAUGUUCUCUGUUAUGAACACGUGCCGCUUGUUACUGAAAAAUAUACCUGCACUCUCAGAAGAAAUACCACCGCAAAUCAAUGCAUUCAAAAUAAUUUACUGUAAUCACACAAGAAACUAUUAGAAGCAACUUGCCUAUUUUUUUUUUUUUCCUUCCUUUCUGUAGCUAUGUAGGAGUGACACAUGCGGUUGCCAUGAACACAGUACAACACAGCAUCAUUGAGUGUUGUAAUUCAAAGGAACGAAAAGAGGACAAUAUAAGAUAAAACCAAAUGAAACUUGUAUCUCUAAUUCUAACAGGACACCUCAUUAUUCCCAGUAUCGAUUGAUUUUUCCCCGUUUGAGGAGUUGAGGCAUCCAGAUAUACACCGAGGACCAGCGACCCACCAUGAGAGUGACUGGCCUCAUCCCUGCCCGCUUCCUCACCCUCACCUCACACCUGGUCCUGCUCGUCACCAUCCUCAUGGCCAGGGAAGAGAACGUGCUUGCCUGCCUCCCUGUUGAGUACAGCAGCAGCGAAUACAGUCUGAGAGAUGGAGAGUUCUUAGGAGGACUUGUGGCAGGCAUAGCACUGACUGCCCUGGAGCUCAUAGGCUUCAUCACGGGUGUUUCCAUGUUCGCCAGUUUGCCUUCCAUUGUCUCCAUUGCCUGCCACAGUGGUGCCUCCGUCAGUCUGGCCUACUUAGUGCUGGACUCCUGGGACUGCCAACUCUACUGGUGGGUGUUUGCCCUCACUUCAGUCCUGCCUGCCCUGGUGGAGGUUGGGGUCAUGGUCAACGUCCUCAUGCUCAAGAAGAAUGUCUGAGUGUGAGAUGCAUGUGAGUGUUUGGUGGAAUAAGUUAAGAGAAAGAACAUGUUUAGAGAGGGUAGAAAGAGGUUGAAGGUUGUGAAAGGAGAAAUUAGUAUGUAUGUGAGAAGUGGGAAAAUUUGAAAAUGUAAGUGUAUUUGAUAGAAUAAGUUAAGAGGAUGGACAUGUAUUGAGAGGGACAUGGAUGAGUGUGUUAGUUGGAAGAAAUAAGUAGGAGGUUAUGAAAGGAGAGAAGAAAAGAAGAAAAAUUUGUUAAGGAUUUUGAGUUUAUGGGAGAGAUAUGAUGGAUGAAGUGAUCAGGGUGUGUGAAAGGAAAGAAAAGAAUGGCUGUGUGUUUAAUUUACCGUCCAGAGUGAUCUCAGGGUUGGAGGAGUGAGUGCCAGAUUAAGGAGGGAAAUUUUUUGAGAUAGUGUGUAUGUGUGAAUAUUACUUGAUGCACAAAUGAUCCAUAUCUUGGUUAUACAUAUUAAUUGAGUACUUCAGUGUGAGCUAUGUUAAUACUAUGAUUCAUGUAUUUAGCUAAGCAGAAAGUACUUAUUGUUACCAUGCAUAAAUUUAAACCUUAGUGUUUAUUUAGAGGUACCAUAAUUUUUUACAUGCAAACUGGGAUAAUCUUUAAUUAUGAAGUUGAAUUCACAUUCACUGCUAUAUGUAUGUAUAUUAUAAAUGCAUUUAAUUUUUAGUAAGAAAAGAUAAAGCAAUUUAUAAUA